AUGUCCGCCCCCGCCCCCUCUUCCGGCAAAGGCAACGCCAUCAUCACCCUCCUCACCUCCCCCUCCUACCUCCCCGGCACCCUCGUCCUCUUACACGCACUACACAACCUCCAUCCCGCCCCACGCGACUUCAAGAUCGUCUGCCUCGUCACGCCCGAAACGGUCGAUGCCAAGACGAUAGGGGAGGUGAGGAAGGCGGGGUAUGAUCUGGUUAUCGGGGUGGAGGGCAUCGGAAGUGGGUUGGAGGGCGAGCAGGGGUUGGGGUUGAUGGGCCGCCCCGACCUCUCUCUAGCUCUAACAAAGCUACACCUCUUCCGCCUCUCCCCCCUCUUCUCCACAAUCCUCUACCUCGACGCCGACGUCCUCCCCCUCCGCCCCCUCUCGCACCUUUUCGAAUCGACAAACCCGCACGUCCUCUCCGCAUGCGCAGACACGGGCUGGCCCGACUGUUUCAACUCGGGCGUUAUGGUCAUCCGGCCCCGAGAGAGCGAUUUCGAGGGCAUGCGAGGAUUGAUGCAGGCUGCGAUUGAGGGUGAUGGAGCCGGGGGAUUGGGAGGGAAUGGAAGUUUCGACGGGGCGGAUCAGGGGCUGUUGAAUGAGUGGUUUAGCGAAGAAGGGGGUGGAGGGGAUUGGAAUCGAUUAUCCUUCACAUACAAUGUCACUCCGUCCGCAGCAUACCAGUACGCACCCGCGUACAAGCGGUACGGCCACAAAAUCUCGGCGGUGCACUUCAUCGGGCAGAACAAGCCGUGGAGUAACAUUCAGUAUCGGCCGGCAGGGAUUAGCAAUGUACAGGGUAAAGAGGCGUCGUUUGAUUACUCCUCUCUCCUGGACCGCUGGUAUGCAAUUUACGACGCACACGUCCGCCCCACCUCGGCCCACGCCCCCGCGGUCUCUUCCCGCUUCGUCGUCCCCGAAACCCUGGCGAUCUGGAACCAGUCCCUCCCCCUCUCUGCGCCCCAGCAGCCCGCGGACCGCAUGGACCUUUCCGCCCUCAAAGCAGCGACCGAGUUUGGUCUCGGCGGAAACACCUCCGGCGCAUACAUCUCCCUCCCCCUCGACGGGCGCGUGGACCUCAUCAUGCCCCGCCCUCAACCCCGGACGAAGAAGGUCUCAUUCGCCGACCAGUCCCAAGCGCCCGAAGCUACCGCGGCUUCACCGACGAUCCAUCAUUCCCCAGCGUCCGCCCCCUCCCCUCCCCCGCAACACCAGUCGGCGAGCUGGGACGCGACGCACGACUCUCCACCUCAGUCAGGGAUGCCCGAGAUGGCCAAUGCGCAGAUCGGGCAUUAUACCAACGCGUGGGACGCCCCGCCGACGCAGCAAGGGGAAUACUUCUCCAAGAAGGACAACGCGGAGAAGCGGGAGCCGCAGUACCCUACCUUACCGGCGAGCGUGGUGAAUGAUAGUUGGUAUAAGCAGUUUACGGAGGGACCGAAGCCUAAUGCCGGAGCGGUUGGGGCUGUGUUUCCCUGGGAGGGGAAGAAGGGCGGGCAGAAGAAGGCGGAAAGGGUAUUUCCUAGAGGAUCGACCCCACCUCCGACACAGCCUGCUCCGACUUCGGCGAGUGGGCAGGGACAGGGGCAGGGACAGGGACACAAGUCCAGGCCGAGCUUCACGGUCCAACUCCCUACUCCUCCCGGUACUUCAUCCCACCCCCAAUCCCUCUCGGAGGCGAUGGCAUCCUACCGUAACGCAUGGGACUCGGAUCCGUCCAUCGCGGCCUACAUCUCCCGAAUCACCCACACCUCGUCCAGCGCGGGCGGGAUCGUUUCGGGCUCCGGCACACCGCGCGAGUCGGAAGCUAUCGCCAGGGGACUGCAGAGCGUCCCGCCUACGCCCAAGGGCCGGUUCGCCGCUCCCGAAGAACGGGUUGAGACGCGCUCCAAUGGAAGUGGGGACGGGGACGAUGAAGGCGAGGACGAGAGCGGGGACGAGGGCCUCCCGAAAAAGAAGCGAAACGCCAACCCGAGGUAUAGGGAUAGACAGGCGCAGACGGAUAAGCAAGAGACGGCGGAUGUGGGGCAUCAGUGGGCUGGCGCGGGCGGAGCAGGGACUAGUCCGGAGACCAGGACGUCCCCGCUCCCGAAUCGGAACGAUCUUGGUGUUCCCGGAGGACAAGCACGCAAGAACUCCAACACGUCCACAUCGAGCGGGUCGGAAUCGACCGUUACUCCCCUCCCUGCUGCCAAACCCCGCCGGAUCCCCUUUCCUGUUUCUCAAUCGUCGACCGACCGGAUCCCGCAGCGCACCACAAAAGCCAGCCCGAUCACGUUCACGUCGACACUCCCGACUGGGCUCAGCCCUACCGGGGCGGCUGGCGGUGCCGGAGCAGGACACAAACAGCAAGCGAGCCGGACGUUCGAUCCUUCUACGGACGUCGAUACGAGGCGGAGAGAGACGCAAGAGGUGUUGACGAGGUUUAUGAGG